GGCGGGUGAUGUGUCACCAAACAUUUGGUUUCAGGGGCAUUUCCGUCAUUAUAAAACCCUAGGGUUAGGGUUUUAACUUUUAAGUAUCGGUUGCUCCUUCGAUCUCUGUUCUGCAUGUCGGUUCUUCUUCUCUUUCUCUCUCUCUCCACUUUCUCUGUCUACAUUUCCUCUGAAUUUUUUUUCCAAAUUCGUGCUUUGGGCCCUGAUAUUUAGGACCCCUUUUCUUGCCUGCAAUACCUGGGCUCUGUACUUUCUCUCUCUAGAACUCAAUCACCUGCUCUGUUUUUUCUCUAUCUACUUUCUGGUGAUUUGAAAUGAUGGAUCUGAGCAAAAAGGAAUCAUUGUCUGAGGAAAUGAAUGAGAUCAAGAAAUGUUGUACUGAUUGCAAGACCACCAAGACGCCCCUGUGGAGAGGUGGGCCAGCUGGGCCUAAGUCACUCUGCAAUGCAUGUGGGAUCAGAUACAGGAAGAGGAGGAGUUCCAUGGUGGGUGUGAACAAAAAGAAAGAGAGAAUGAACAGUGGUAGCCAUGAUUUGAGUGAAACUUUGAAGCAGUCACUCAUGGCUUUGGGGAAUGAGGUGAUGAUGCAGAGGCAGAGAUCUUCAGUGAAGAAACAGAGGAGGAAGUUGGGGGAAGAAGAACAAGCAGCUGUACUGUUGAUGGCACUCUCAUGUGGCUCUGUUUUUGCCUAGUAGAAAAAGGACAAAAAGGGGGGGAAUGGUUAAAACCCUAACCAAUAUACCUGCCAUUGUCCUUUCAUAAAUGUAAUUUAGGUCUUUUCAAAAGAAAAGUUUAUGUAAGAGAGAUGAAAGAUGAGGUGGAUGGGAGAAAAAUGGGUCAAAUCCUUGAUUUUAGUGACAUGUUUGUUUGAUGGGAGUAAAAGGAAAACCAAUGUAAAUAGGAUGUUGGUAUGAAUGUGAAAUUUUAGAUUUAUGCUUA